AUGAUGUCGCUUUUGUCUCUACCGCCCGAGCUUCUCUACAUGGUUGUUGGAUAUCUGGAGUAUGACUCGGAGUUUGAGGCUAUGAGACAGGCGUUCCAGCAUCUUCGUCCCAUCUACAGAGAGCCUCCACGUCCGCAUAAAACCAAAUCUGUGAAGCCCAUCACCAUCGUACGGGAAUUGAAAGAGCUAUUGGCUCCUGGCAACGAAAAUCGGUUGCGAAAUUACCUGCACUGCAACAGCCUUCUCAGAGAUGUAGUCUUUGCUAGAGCAGCCUGUGCUAAGGCUGUGACUACGGGUCAAUCGAGGGUUGUCAAGGUGUUGCUCACCAUCUGCCCAUUGGUUCUGAAAAGUCAACCAAAAGAAGGCUCGCCUUCGCUUCUUGACCUAGCUGUAUCUCGGAAUCAAUUCUUAAUCCGAGACUACUUGAUCAGCUUGAGAGAAUUCCUGAUCUCGCGUAGAUGUGUCACGGUGGGACAAGUUGCACCAGUGCAGAUUCAGAUUCCUGCUGGGCUUUCUCCUGUCAUCUCUGCUGUGGAGCUGAGAUCCCUGGAAGCAGUCAGACUUGCCAUUGAGGAGCAAAAAUGCGACAUUCAUUCAUUAUCCCGAGUUGCUCGUCAAUUGCACGUGGCCAGAUUCGUCCAGUUGUUUCAUCCUAUGGAAUAUUGCACGCCUUUGUGGAUUGCAGCUGCAAAUGGCUCUGUGGAAAUCGUCCAGUACCUUCUUAGCCAGGGUGCCAAUGCGAACAGUGAGCUUUUCCCGGUCAUUUUUGUGGCUGCCCAUCAAAAUCAUGUAGGUGUGGUGAGCUUCCUGUUAGAUGUGAAAGAACAUCCAAAGCUUGAACAAAUCUAUCCCGGCCUAUGGCUAUCUCUACUGUGCAUCAAGACCGAUGCAACGGCACUUCUCUACCAGCGACUUGAUCUUUCGGCAAUGUGCACUCAUUUCUGCGAUAUGACCGGUCCAGAGGCACUCGGUCCUGAUCUGAAACAUCUGUCGUCCCUGUUGGUCCUUGCUAUAAAAAUCUCCAACAGAGAAGCCAUACAGCAUCUGAUGGAAAGCCGACAUGCUGAUAAUAUCUGCCAAUAUCUCAUACUACAACCUGACUUUUCAAAGGCACUUCAUACAUUCUUUUCGUUUGACAAAUUGGCCAGGGAAACCUCUGAAGACCUACUAUUUUUAAUCGAUUGUAUCGCUCAGAAAUCCGCACAUCUGCUGGCUCAGGUUUGUGAGACGAUAAUAAAAAGGCACGGGCUCUGGUUCGAAAUCUUUCUGCAGAGAUACCCGCAGGUAUCAUCGCACAUAUUGUCCGAGCUAAAAGACGUGGUCAUUGACGCGAAGAAGAGACGAGACAUUCCUCUUCUUACAACCCUCCUCCGAAACCAUGUCAAAUACAUCACCGAAACCACGUGGCAGAAGCUGCUCGGGUUCAGAAUCGACCUGGAAUCUUGGGACGUCUUCCUGGAGCUCGGUGCUCUCGACCACAUCAACGCCGAGCACGUGAGAGACUAUUUGCAAUGUGCCUUUUCGGGCUUCAGUAGAACAACAUUGAACACAUGGCUGUCAGUUUUAGACAGGUUCAAUCUCAAUUUACAUUCGAAAUCUACAAAAUCUCCGGGAUUUAGCUGGAGAUAUCCCGAUGCAUCAUACAUGACCCUUUUCGAAUAUGGAAUCGCAACUUGCGAUUACAGACUAGCACCACUGCUGCUCGCUCGACCAGAAGUGAACUUCGUGCCCACAGAUGAUGCUUGUCAAAAAGCAUUAAAAUGCAUCCUCGAGAAAGGUUCCCCCGUCCCGCAAGACAACCCCCAGAAAGUCAAGCUAUUUCUUGAAAAAGGCUUCGACCCAAUGCAGCCCUUACCUGCGAAGACCUUAACCGAGCGAGGACUCCCCAACAGGGGCAUGCCAAUCCUCCACUGUGCCGUCAUACACAGCUGCCAUGAAACUGUCAAACUCCUCCUCGAACAUGGCGCAGACCCGCUGCAAGGCCUGUUCCAAUCCGGCAAAUCCAAAUUCACCACUGCGCUGGGGUUAGCUGCGCGCCAUCAUCGGUAUCCAAUAAUCAAGAUCAUUCUGCAGCAUUUAGAGGCGCGGAAGAUCAGAAUUACCUGGCUCUUGCGUUUGUUGCCACUUACACAGGAGGAUCAGCGAGAGCUCAGGUGGCCGGAACACCAAGUGCUCCCUUCAAAAAGUAGAGAGUUGAGGAGUAUCCAGUUGACCAAGAUAUUAAGGCAACAGCAUUGGCGUUUCAUGUACCCGGUCCCUGGCGAUGAUUGA